GUGAUCAGUAAGGAACGCUACGUGAGACUCUCAGCUUCGAUAGUGCCCUUAACAUACUGGAACACUAGGUGAAAAUGUCAGUCCAAACUCUAGUGACUAAAAAGCGAAAGGAGUUUAUUGGACUCCCAGCACCCUUGGGAUAUGCUGCUGGUAUAGGACGUGGUGCUGUAGCGUUUACUACAAGAUCUGAUAUUGGUCCGGCCCGAGAAGCUAAUGAUGUUUCAGAUGAACGACAUGUCGCUCCAUCUAAACGUCGAAAGGAACAAGAAGAGGAAGAGGAGGACCUAAACGAUUCAAAUUAUGAUGAGUUUACAGGCUAUGGUGGUAGUUUGUGUGCAAAAGAUCCUUAUGAGAAGGAUGAUCAAGAAGCAGAUGCUAUUUAUGCUUCUAUUGAUGAUAGGAUGGAUGAACGACGGCGGGAGUACAGAGAAAAACGUUUUCGUGAAGAGAUCGAAAAGUAUCGUCGUGAAAGACCAAAGAUUCAACAGCAGUUCAUGGAUUUGAAGCGUGAUUUAGCGAGUGUAUCUGAAAGUGAAUGGAAUGCUUUACCGGAAGUUGGCGAUUCACGAAAUAGGAAGCAAAGAAACCCUAGAUAUGAACGUUUUACUCCGAUCCCAGAUAGCAUAAUUGCAAAAGGCUUGUCUGAUGGUCAAACCAAUGUUUCUGUAGAUGUAAUUGAACAAAGUUUAGGAGGCUUAACUACACCGUUUACUUCACAAGCAGCUCAAAUGGAUAUUGAUAUGAAGAAAAUUGGUGAAGCGCGUACUUCUUUGAUGGAUAUUAAGCUGACACAGGUUUCUGAUAGUGUAUCAGGACAAACUGUUGUUGAUCCCAAAGGGUAUUUGACUGAUCUACAGUCUAUGAUUCCUCAACAUGGUGGUGAUAUAAACGACAUGAAAAAAGCUCGACUCUUAUUAAAAUCGGUACGCGAAACUAAUCCUAAACAUGCUCCUGCUUGGAUUGCAUCUGCUCGUUUGGAAGAAAUAGCUGGUAAACUCCAGGUUGCGCGCAACUUAAUUCUUAGUGGGUGUGAAGAAUGCCCUAAAUCAGAAGAUAUUUGGCUAGAAGCAGCACGGUUAGUACCACCCGAACAAGCAAAAUCUGUUGUAGCUCAAGCUAUACGUCAUUUACCUCAGUCGGUCCGCUUAUGGGUAAAAGCAGCCGACUUAGAAACAGAGCAUAAAGCUAAAAAAGUUGUAUUUAAAAAGGCAUUAGAACAAGUCCCAAACUCUGUAAGGUUGUGGAAAUUGGCAGUUGAAUUGGAGGAUGAAGAUGAUGCCCGACUAAUGUUAUCUUUAGCUGUUGAAUGUUGCCCAACGUCUGUUGAAUUAUGGCUUGCAUUAGCUCGUCUGGAAACUUAUGAACAAGCUAGAGUUGUUUUGAAUAAAGCUCGCGAAAGCAUUCCUACAGACAGACAAAUUUGGUUUGCAGCUACUCGUUUAGAGGAGGCUCAAGGAAACCAAAAUAUGGUACAGAAAAUUGUUGAUCGUGGUGUCGCAUCUUUACAAGCAAAUAUGGUUGAAAUUAAUCGUGACCAGUGGAUUAAAGAUGCAGAGGAAUGUGAAAAAGCUAAAAGUGUUCUUACCGCUCAAGCUAUAAUUAAAGCUAUUAUAGGAUAUGGUUUAGAAGAACAAGAUAAAAAGCAUACAUGGUUGUCAGAUGCAGAGAAUUGUGCUACUAGCGGCGCAAUAGAAUGUGCUCGUGCUAUUUAUGCUGUAGCAUUGGCUCAUUUUCCUACAAAGAAAAGUAUUUGGCUACGUGCUGCUUAUUUUGAACGAAAUCAUGGAACAAGAGAAACUUUAGAAGAACUUUUGCGUCAAGCUGUUAGUCAUUGUCCUCAAGCAGAAGUGCUUUGGCUUAUGGCAGCAAAGACACGCUGGCUUGCAGGUGAUGUCCCAGCAGCUCGUUCUAUUCUAGCUCGUGCAUUUGAAGCUAAUCCCAAUUCAGAGGAGAUAUGGUUAGCUGCUGUAAAACUUGAGUCAGAAAAUAAAGAAUAUGCACGUGCACGUCGUUUACUAGAUAAAGCUUGUGCUUCUGCUUCUACAGCUCGUGUAUGGAUGAAAGCGGCUAGAUUGGAAUGGUGUUUAGGUGAAUUAAAUAAAGCUUUAGAAAUGUUAGAAAAAGCUACAUCAACAUAUAAUCAGGCACCAAAGCUGUGGUUAAUGCUUAGUCAAGUUUAUGAACAGUUGUCAGAAGAAGGCUUAAAACCGAAUGAGGUUGAAUCAUUAAAAGAACGUGCUAGAAACACCUAUCGCGAAGGACUGAAUCAUAACCCACAUUAUACUGCCCUGUGGUUGCAGUUGGCCAGAUUUGAAGAACGACAAGGUAACUUAACUAAAGCACGUUCCAUUUUGGAGAAGGCCCGUUCACAAAAUCCUAAAACACCAGAACUGUGGUUGGAGGCUAUCAGAUUAGAAGUAAGAGCUAAUUUGAAACCUGUAGCUGAUUCACUUCUUUCAAAAGCACUUCAAGAAUGCCCAACAUCUGGUUGUUUAUGGGCUGAGGCAAUAUUUAUGACUCCUAGAGCUCAGCGUAAAAGCAAGUCAGUGGAUGCUUUAAAGAAGUGUGAACAUGAUCCACUGGUACUUCUGGCUGUAUCCAAGUUAGUUUCUGUACUAAAUAUUUUUCAGACUACUUGUAGCCCUAGGGUAGUUUAGUUUCUGUCAUUUUAUCAAUGGUGUUGGUUUUUCUGAUAUCCUGAUAAUUAUUGUCUUCGACUAUUCUAUGACGUUUUUUAGUGUCCGUGACACACUAACUAUAAAAGAACUUGAAUAUUUUCAUUAACAGCCCUUAUAUCAGUAGUGGCAUAAUGCGAAAACUUGUCUGGAAUUUACCAUUGUGUAAAUACGGUAUUCUAUGUCGAAAUCAUACAGUUUGCUUGAUGGGAUGAAUCAGAAUUAAAUUGGAAAAUAAAUUUCCUCUCGUUGCUGUGGCCUCAUUAUAUCACACCUUUGAUUUGAAAUCGUAGUAUUGCUACGGUACUCGUUGCAUAUCACGCAUUUUAAAUUAUUUUCUCUAUUAAACCACACAGUUUCAAGUCCAAAUGUAUUCUCACUUCCAGCCACUGUUUUAAUUUCUGUCUAACAUUGUUGUUCCUCUUAAAAGUAGUCUGUCUCUAAAUCUACCACACUGAAAUGCACAUUAAAGAGUUACUAUUUGUCUGUAGUUACUGUGUCUUCGUAUACUAAAAGACUGAACCUCAGCGUAUAUACUCGUUUGAAUAGGAAGAAUUUUCAGUGUAUUACUUUUUCUCUAACUGUACGGAACAUGUUGGGGAUAGAUUGUAUUCUCCAUAACGUUUUACCUUUCUUUUUCGGGUUGUAUGAUUAAACUGUGUUGAUCAUUAUCAUAAUGGCAUUUUAUCAGCUCUCUCCCAUCAUUGUUAAGUUUACAAAGUAGUCAGCAUUUGAAUUAUUGAGAUAGUGGAGGUUUGUUGCUUAGGCUAACAAUUUUUGCAGUUUCUCUGAGCUGGAUCCAACUGAGAAAAUGAAACAAUCAAAACUCGAAUUACUAACUUUUACAGUACUCAAAGAUUUCUCGUGCAUAUAUAAUUGUUACAAAUAAAGUGUUAGUGCUUUUUAAUAAUCAGUAAUGUAAUCAUAAAAAAUACAUUUUGAAUUACAUUUGACAAUCCCAUCUUAUUUUUCAUUACUUGUGUUAGGUACGAAAAACAUUAUCCUCAGUUCUGACUUCUUUUUGUCUCACUUGGAUAACCUUAGGUGUUUUCAACUCGUCGUUAAGUACUAGAACAUCACUUCUCCUGAAACCACUGACUUAAAGUUAUAUCUGAUGAUUAAUUGAGAUGUAACGGCAUGUGUACGUAUAACUUAAAAAUGAAGGUAGAUAACACUCUCGUUCAUAGAUCCAUGGAGGCUGUCCACAAUCCCCUAUGGGUUUAAAGAACUGGUUGAAACCUAGAGUAUGGUGAUGUCGAGAUUAACGUUCUCGUUGAACGUAUCUCGGAUGAAGUGAAAUAUAUAUACUGAUAUUUUUCUGUUUAGUAUAGAACCCGACCUAAAACCAUCGUAUAAUCCACAUAGUUUUUAUUAUUUUAUUUGAACAUAUAGAUAUUGGUACAAGGAAGCACCAAAUACAUAUGCGCCACACAAAUCUCAUUUGAUAUGUGUAAGGGCUAUGAUACUGCCCGGGUGCCCAAACCGAAGCAGGUGGUUUCCUUAGGGAGCCACACCCGAAGCCUUCGACCUAAAGGUAUGAUCCACAAGGCGGUGGAGCAUCGUAUGGCGAUGCAGUCCCAUGGUAGCCGCUGACCAACGACUGGUUCAUACGCCGUUUGUUCACUUAGGAUACUGGGGCUCACGUGCACCAUUGGUUUGGAGUCAGGGUUUUCCGACUCCCCUAGGUGGACUAUCUGUGCCCACCAACCGGGUUAAAGCGCUGGACAUUCGCUUUUCGUCCUGUCAAUUUCGUAAACAACACCCCUCCAUGAGAAGGCAGUGAGUAGGACUUCCCUGGCAGAAGCUAUAUACGCGUAGCCAUGUGAGAGCAUUUCGAGAGGGUGAGCGGACUCUCCCUACUCUCGGCCGUACCAGGGAAUGUGGAGGCAUAACAGGACGUUACUGCAUUCCAUAAUUUAUCAGUGAAUUCAAGUUACUGAGUUAUGUCCUUACUAUAGAAACUUAAGGUAUCAUGGAAUAUUGAAAGCCUAGUGAUUCCUAGCUAUUUUAAACUGCUGUGAAUCAUAGAGCAGUCCAGAAACGUUUAGAAAUCAAGCUUAUUAUUAAUUUAAAGUUAAACUGUUUAUUCGCUUGACCUUGAGCAACACUUCAGUUGAAUUUCAAAUCCCGCAGUAUAUCAACAUUUAUGUACACAAAUCUCUUGAAAAAAAUAUUAAUUAUUUCAAUUGGUAUUUGUUCCAUUUUUAUGGGACGAAACUAUUUGUUGAACCUGUCAUAUUCACACUAAUAGCGGUAGUUUCCAGUUUCAUAACCAUGUCGUAGUUAAAACUCAGAGGAAAACAAUCACACUUAAUGAUUGUACAGAGAAAAACAAUUGAAGAAGUGAUGAGGAAAAAUUAUUGUAAUCGGGUGGCUUGCCUCUCCAUCAAAGUUAUUUUCAUAUGAACAGGAUGUCAAUAAUUCAUAAACUUCGAUCGAUAUUUGACCCCAUUACAAACUGUUUUUUUUCUAAGGAUUGUUAUACUCUGCUAUUUUAGAAUGUUUUGGUGUGAACGUCUGGUCAUGAAAGCUCGUAAUUGGUUUACAAGAACAGUGAAACUAGAACCAGAUCUUGGCGACGCAUGGGCUUACUUUUACAAAUUUGAAUUACAACAUGGGACGGAAGAUCAACAGAAAGAAGUAUACCGACGUUGUGUUACUGCAGAACCUCAUCAUGGUGAAGUAUGGUGCCAAAUCAGUAAAGAUCCUAAGAACUGGCGAUUAAAAACAAAAGAUUUAUUAAAAAUUGCAGCAGAAACAAUUGUUUUACCAAGUUGAAUUUGUGUGCUUCGAUUCUGUAUUUGUAUAAUUCUUGCAAACGGACAAAAUCUGCAGCGUAUGUUGUGUAUCGUAAAAGUCAGUAAUUACUAUCAGCCAACUUUCGGCAUUCAUUACACGUAAAUGACAACUCAUUUUUCGUUUUAGACAUCAUGUUUGGUUUAAUAAAAAGCUAAAGAUU